AUGGGCCAGUUGCUGAACAGCGCCAAUUUAAAGGCGCUCACAUAUGGGAUCAUGAAUGUGAUCUCGGCCUCAGGCAUUGUCUUUGCCAACAAGGCAGUUUUCCAAACCUACGGCUUCCACUUCACGUAUGCUCUGACGUGGAUCCACACAGUCUUCACGCUUGUGGGGAUGCGAGUCUUUGCAGCAGCAGGGAUGUUCCCUGUCAAGCCCAUAUCGCAGCGCCGACUGGUGCCCCUUGCUGCGGCCUACGUUGCGUACAUCGUCCUUUGCAAUCUGAGCCUUAAGGUCAACACGGUGGGCUUCUAUCAGGUCAUGAAGAUCGCGGUUGCACCCACCGUCAUAGGCCUAGAGCUGGUAAUGUUUCGUCGCGUGCCGCCCCUGCGCAUUGUGGCGUCGGUGAUGGUGGUGUGCUUAGGCAUUGGCGUGGCGACGGUCACAGAUACACAGAUGGUGUCGAACCUGGUGGGCAUUGCAGUGGGUGUGGGUGCCACUAUCAUGACGGCGCUCUACCAAAUCUGGGCGGGAUCUAAACAACGAGAGCUCAAGGCAAGCAGCAUGCAGCUGCUGCACGCCUACACGCCUCAGGCUACCCUCAUGCUAGGGAUACUGGUGCCGCUCUGUGAGCCAAUGGGCUGGGCAGUGAUGGCGGCACCCGUGCCGGCGCCUGGCGGCGCCGACGGCGCCGCCGCGUUGCUGCCUCCUUCUCUGCCGCCGCAGCGGCCCCCAGGCACCCUCCUCGCCUACCACUACACUCCCAUUGCGGUGGCGGCCAUCCUCAUCUCCGCUGUGCUGGGGCUGCUGGUCAGCCUGUCGACCUUCCUAGUAAUUGGCGCCACUUCCAGCCUCACAUACAACGUAGUGGGGCACCUGAAGACCGUCAUUAUCCUUACGGGCGGUUGUCUGUUGUUCGGGGAUUCGAUGCCGGCAAAAAAACUACUAGGCGUGUGCAUCGCCAUGGGGGGCAUUGCGUGGUACACGCAGCAAAAGCUCGCGUCCAGCAAAGCCCCGGGUGCCGCUAGCGGCGAUCCCACACCGGCGCCGAUUCGGACGCCGUUGCUGCCGAUCACAGGCACCGCCUCCUCCAAUCCGCCUAUAACGGUCAAGUCAGUGUACACGGCGUCCGUGGCGAGAACUGCCCGCCGUGGCGGGUCGGGCGGGAUCAGCGGGGCGCCGCACGGGCAGCAGCAGCAUCACUCACACCGGCAGUAGCAGCACUUUGUUGCUGCUGUUACUUUUGCUGCAGUGGCAGUAGCACCGUGGCAGCGGCGGCCAUUAAAGACCACUAGAGGUUGUAGCAGCAGGGGUUGGAAAGGAAGGAAGGUCGUGGCGCCCGCAGUGGCUGUUGUCCUCCCGGGGUAAUUGAGCAGGGAGGGCUGGAAAUGGCUAUAGCAAGCCGCAUCACUGGGACCUGAAAACCGCUGCGGUGUGUUUUCACCUGCUGCUGCUGCUGUUGUAGCAGUAGCAGUAGCAGUACAGUGAAUGUAUAGCCUUAUUAAGGCGUUAUUGAUUGAAACAGAGAGCUCAGAGUGCCGGAGAGCGUGCAGGAGAUUUGUCCGUAAUACGGUGCGGUACGGUUGGCCUGCUGAAAAUGCUAACGCGGCAGCUUGGGCUGGCUAUUCUUGCGCGGGCGGGCGGCUAUCGUUUUGCGGUGGCAACUCGUUGCCUUGCCCAAAUUGCGGUUGGUCAUUUGUAGAUGCACCGUGUGGGUUUUGGCAGGACGCCUGUUGGUAGGUGCGAUUUCCGAUGAAUGGGGGUUAAGUUCGGUUUCGGUUGGUAGUUGUUGGGCCCUAUAUGGGCGGUGUAUGCUAUAGCCUGUGCGGCAAUGCGUAUCAUGCCAUUGGUUGUCCUGAUUUCGGAGUUCUUUUGGUGUCCAUUUUGAGGCGUGUUUUGGGACUCCUGACUCGAUUCGUGGCGCGGGGCUCUCUUUAUCCUAUGUAUCAUCCUCUCUAUUAUCUGACGAUUGUUUGGUUUCUUUUCUUGGGACAUUGCGAGUUUAGAUGUAAGGUUCCUGGGGCUUAUGGAAUGGUAGUGUUUGCAGCGCUGCGUGGGAAGGGGUGGGUGGGGAAAGAGUUUCAGGAUUGCAGGGCUUCGGAAUUUCCCCGCAUUGUCCUAAUCGCACUGUGAUGCAAGGCGCUGGUGGAACGCGCUGAAGUAUGCUAUAUACCGAUGAACCGCCGGAAGGUGCUGUAACCUUUCGCAGCCU